ACAAAAUGGCUGAAAGUUUUUCAAGCUUGAGUGAAAAUAAAAAAGUCCAAAGAUUGUUUCGUCUCUCUCCUACGACCGUUGCAAGUGUGAAAUGCCUUAGGCUGAAUUCUGGAAGAAACAUUGUGCUCUUUGCGACUGGAAAUCACCUUCUGCAUAUCGUGGAAAAUCGCAAAAUAAAUUGCAUCGUAGAUGUGGGAAGUUGUGUAUUGAAAAUUCUGAAUCAUGUCAGUGAAAGAGAUGAAAUAUGGAUUGUUACCAAAGAUGGUAAACUUUUGGCCAUUUCAAUACCAUUACACCAAGAGAAUAAACAAGUGAAACAAGAAGCAGAUGAAGAAAUAUUCAAGGAACUUUUAGAUGACAAUAAUCAUAUGUCCCUUGCUUCUGAUAACCAUUUCACAGCAACAGCUUCACUGUUUCCUGAUGUUUGCAAAUGCUCUGAUGAUUGGCUGGUACACUGGGAACCAGGCCUUUUUGACGUAGCCAUAGACUUGCACCAUGUCAUAAUAUGUUCCAGUAAUGAUGACAAUGUGAGACUUACUGUUUAUCCCUGGAUCAAGCAAAAUGUUACAAAAAGAUGCAUAGCAUCAAACUUUAUACAGCAAACAUUGCUGGCAAGUGACACGUACAACCACACCAAGAAAAACAUAACAACAUUGCUUUAUCUGUCACCCAGUACUGAGCAACAAUCAUCAAUGAAUACCAACUGCACACUUAAAAAUCACCUCUUUAGCAUGCUAUUCAGUAGUAGCCAAUCAGAUUGCAGCAUUCCAGUUGUAGUUAUUGGACUUCAAAAUGGUUUUGUGGGACACAUUGCUGUUGGCAUGAAGAAUUCAAACCUGGAAACAUUGUAUCAUUUAGAGCAACCUAUUAUAGCCAUAUUUCCAGUCUGUCUGAAACCUCCGCUCCAGAAAGGUGCUGGAGAUGCCCUAAUGAUUUUCGGAAGCCUAGGAAAACUUGUUCUAAUUACCAAAGAAGAUUCUAAUGGAAUCCCAGAUGGUGUUCUGAUUCGAGAAUACUAUGUACCAGGGCCAAUAGUGUGUACAGCUAUGAAUUGGGAACUUAAUGCAUUGUUUUAUUCAACAUCGAAAAAGAUUUAUGCAGUCAAGUUUGAAAUUGAAACUAGAGAAAACAACAAAGAUAAUACAAAUUCAACAUCUUCUCUUCCUAGCUCAUUAUCACCAAUAGCUCUCCAUAUUCCUAAAGUACUAGCAUUGACUCUGGAUGAAGAAAAUUGCUUAAUUUGUUUAAAGGCUGAAGGAUGGGUGUUACUUGUAUCAAAGCCAUUGGAUACAGUAAAGUCAAAGUUUUCAUCACCCAGUGGAGGUCAGAUUAAGAAGCAUUUAGGAGAAAUCCAACAAAAAGCAGACCAAGUCAAUAAACUUUUUACUGAAAUCCACCAGCUUGAUGACACCAUUAAAGAAUUGAACAAAGUAACACAUAUAGUACAAGAAAUUCUAAGAAACUGUAACUCAACUUUCCAAGAAACUGGGAUCUCUUUUACAGUUGGUGUUGACUAUGAAUCACUGGGGACGGAUCUCAACCCAAAUGUUAUCUUAAGGUGCUACCUAAGAAAUUCCACAAAGUUCUCCUUUUCACCAAAUUGGUCUUUGGUAAUCCAAGUUAGGACCACCCAGCCAUGGUAUAACAAAGACUGUUCCAUUCAUUCCACAACAAAUCAUUCAGUUUCAUUGAGCACAGAUUCAGUCCAUCAUGUUUCAAUACCAAUGGAGGAUAGUUUUACUUUCCUUUUUCCCAUACAAGUAUCAUGUUAUGUCUGCUUUAGAUUAAAGGACCUACUUCAGACAUUCCCCAAGGAAUCUGAGUUUUCUCUUUGUGAGGAGGGAUUUAGUGUGCUGGUUUCACAAACACAUUUGGAUAUAUUGCAUUUUUUAAGAAGACAGCUAGCACCACCUGGUAGUUAUCUGCAGCAACACAGAUUUCCAACUCGUUUGCUACAAAACACUUUAAAAGACCUAAAUUCGACUUGGAAACCAAAUGAACUACCUGAUGACCAUUCUAAACAGACUUCAGAAUUUUCUUCAUUUUCAAUGCAUCUUUCAAAAGAUGCUGUGGAUUUUAUUGAAAAGAAAGUCUUACAUUUUAAUUCAAGUGAAACCACAGCAGAUUCAUGUGAUAAACCUAACCAAGAAGAAAGCAACAUGAAGCCAAAUGUUGAUGCAAUAUCCAAAAAGUCAUGCCUGCUAAGGUUUAUGCUCCAUGACUCAAGAAGACAUGUUUAUUCUAGUGACAUGAAUUAUCCAGAAGGUCACAUGGUAGCAAGGACACCAAGUGAAGAAGUAAUAAAGUUUCAGGUGGUUAAGUUCGAUGGAGUAGCUUCCCCAGAGAGUAUGGAAGGACAAGGACUUGACUUACAUGUACAUACAUCAUCCCAGGAGUUAGGAUGCUCUGUUCACUCAGCAUUGAUGAAAGUAUUUGAGCCAGUACUACAAAGAACAUCAGGGCAGAAUGCAAGCAUUCCAGUUGUCGAAUUACAGAAACAAUUGAUCAAGUUGAAAGAAUUGCAAACAUCAUUAGACCUACUAAGACCUCCAUGUGGAAGCGAACAAUCUUUGGAAAACAACAACUCACAUAACAGAACCAUACACAAAUUGAUAAGUAUUUAUUGUGACCUUCGCAGUAUCUCCACUACUGUGCCGUAGAUAUUAGGAAAUUGUUGGUCAGUC